AUGUCAUCGAAUUUCCCAGCCGAUGACGAUGAACAAACGUGUGGUGAAGGGAUCGUUGUCCCAUACACUCGUAACUGCGAGUGUUUUGAGCUUACAUGUACUGGUGAAGGUUUAAACGAAACCAUGAACGGAGAAAUCAUGAACAUGCUCAAGGCGUGCCCGGAAGAGUCGAAAAUCUCUGACAAAGGAGUCAUCAUAAUGGACUCGUGCGACGGCAAAUUGGCGUUAACUCCUCUGAAGCCGUCCUUGCCCAUUACCGACGACGAAAACAAAGGGUACAACUCUUACUACAACAGGGAGCGGAUCCGCGAGUCGGUGGCUGAAGGUAUGAAAGCACUGGUCAAGGAAUCAACCAAAACCAUUUACAUCGGCAGCUACGAAGAUGACCGGACGGCAGCUGAAGCAGCUUAUUUGACUGCCUGGCAGGGCCCUAAGUGUGACAAAUGCUGGGAGGGGCUAUGCGUCCGUAACCACAGUGCCACAGCCUGCCAGACCGAGUGGAAUCGAGGCAAGGUGGCUGCCGAAGCACAAAACCUUGCACGUUGGGUCGGAGACAUGCAGAUGGAAUUCAUGACGCCCGUUCAUUUCGCUCAACUGGCAAUGGAUAGGCUGUGCUGUUGUGACGUUAAGGUGAGCGUUCGAGACGAACGAUGGAUGGAAUCGAAAAAAAUGACCGGCAUUUUGGAAGCCGCAUCGACCACGUGCAUACCACCUCUGUUCCUCGAGUUCACGUACUAUGGGAAAGGUAAUCAGGGCGAACGUCCUAUCGUAUUGGUCGGCAGGGGGAGCGUCCUGGAUGAAUGUUGUAGACGUGAUGAACCAUCGAAAAUCAUAUGCAACGAUAUGGAUAGCGCCGCAGUCAUCCUGGGAACUUUUCGUGGUGUCGCUCAGAUGCACAUGCCGGUUGACUUGGUCGGGUACAUUCCCCUGUACGGGUACAACCCAAGGGCGGCAAAAGUCGGCGCCGUCGUACGUAACGCCAACUCCAAGUACACCAUGCUCACGACCAUCCGGAACGAAGGCAAUGUCGUCAUGUCCGACGCUAUCUAUUACUCCAGAAAAGAUACUCCUGGUCGUUUGCUCACGAUAGACACGCAGCCUACCGACAUGAGAGAUAGCUUCAACCAAGUGUUCAACACGUUUCUAACACACCAUCCAGAUUUCUGGCGAGAAAUACGCGUAGCCGGUCUGAUGACUGGCGACAGGUUCUGGCAGCUGAUAACCCACGACUCUUUUCUGGAAGAGAUCUCGCUGUUAAACCAAGUGGAUAUGACGAACAGGAGUGAGCUGCACCAGUACCAAGGUUCUGGUUACAAUCAUGCGUACUUCACACAGUUUGUGCCAUGCUGUGAUACCAUUGUUGGGCACAUACAAAUGGCCAACAGAACAAAGGGCACGUCGGACGGGCUCAUUCUGUCGUACUUACGAGAAACACUGAAAACCGGGCGACCAACGAGAACCAUAAUCCAGCUUUUGUAUCAACUGGCAUGUCCCCAUGAAGAAAUUGCACCAAAACCCUGUUGUGACCAAACCUGAAAUAAAUUGAAAUUA